AUGAAUCCACCAAAUCCGUUUGGUAGUCCGCAAGGAGGAGCUUUCCAGGCCCCGAGCAGCAGCGCAAAGCCCGGCCUGUUCCCGUCAUUUGGGCCGCAGAGCUCCAGCACCCAGCCCCCGCAGAGUGUGAACUUCUUCGCGCAGUCCGCGUUUGGACAGCCGUCCCCUCAUGGGGGCAACAUCUUUGUACAAGCCCCACCCUUUGGACAGCCGCAGGCUCCGACGUUUGGACCGCAGUCAUCAGGAAUGAGCAGCUCGGGUUUUGGGGGUGGCCCGACACCGGCUUUUGCACAGGAUGGUGGAGCCAGUCAGGGUUCAGUGUUUGGGCAGGCACCUUUUGGACAGUCUUCGGGAUUCGCCCAACAGCCCUCUGGGUUUGCCAGCCUGAUGAGACCUGCAGGGAGUCAGCCUCAGACUCUUGGGUUUGGGCCAUCUGCGUUCGGACAGCCAACACCAUCAUCUUCAUCAUCAUCUACCAGUGCCCCCAGCACCAAUUUAUUUGGUGUAGGUCAGAACAGAGGCUUCGUAUCAUCUGAAUUCAGUUUCAAGCCGGCCAAUGAAGCACUUUUCAAACCCAUCUUCAGUGCUAGCCCCGAGCCGGCCAACCCCCAAACCACUUCACUGUCCAGCUCAGCUUUUGGUGGGUCACAGACAAGCUCCAGCGCCACCACCACCUCCUCCAGUUUCUCUCUGUUAUCUAAAUCUGGGCCUUUAGGUUUCAGCUUCUCUGAGCCAGCUACAGCCCCCUCUAUUUCUUCUCAAAGCAAUCCACUAACAACUGGCAGCAGCAGUGGUCCAGCCACUACUCUUCAGUUCACCUUCGCCCAGCCAGCCACCCUCUCCAGCUCCAGCGCUAAGGCUGCAACCACAGAACCCACCACCCCUUCAUCUUUCAGCUUUAAGCCCCAAACUCUCCAGCCUCAGGCAGCACCAGUUUUUGGAGGACCAGUUUUUGGUCAUCCCAUAGCUUUUGGUGACACCAAAGCUAAAGAUGAGGCCAGCACAGAUGAUAAAGCCCAUGCAGGCCAAGGGGAGGUCAGUGUAUUUGCACGGCUUGGCAAAGGAACCAAGCGAAAGGACGACCCAGCGGUCUCCGGCACCGCCCCGGAGAAGCCUGCUGCUGCUGAGGAGGAUGUUCCACCUGAAGCAGAUUCACCGAGACAUCCCCCAAAGAGGCUGCUGAUGAGGUCACGCUGUCCUCCAGGAGGCUUAUUCAGUCGAGCAUUGAGCAGUCUUCGCAAGGAUGGAGCUAAAUCAGUGAGGCAGGAGGCUGCAAAGGAGCCAGACAGGGAGGCGGUCCAAACUCAAGGUCAUGACCUCUCUGUCACACCACCUGCUGCGCAGACACUGACCAGAGGUGUGCAGGAAAAACCUGAAGAGUCAGAAUCACCAAAAGGUUCGGAUCCAACCGCUGAAAUUAUGACCCCAGUGAAACGUGGUGUACGCACCGAGAGCUCGGAGAGCCUGAGCGGCAUGUCUCCCACCGACUGCACCACCCUCGUGUGCAAGAACGUCCCUCCAGCGCUCAACAAAAAGGACACGAUUGAGAAACACUUCGCUCGGUUUGGGAAAGUCCACAAGAUCUACUGCCGGCCCGCCAAGAACCUCACCACAGUAUGCUUCAUUGACCAUGCAUCAGCUGCAAAGGCAAAGAAAAAAGGAAAAAUCCUGCACGGAAAAGAGCUGCUCCUCCUGUGGCAGAGAAAGAAGCCGAGUCCAGCGGAGAAAGCGAGCAGACCUGCAACUGGAACAGAGAUGUCAGAAGGAGAAAGUCAGGAGGACACAGAGUCCAAAGCAGGUACUUCUUCGCCGCUCCGAAGACCCACCCCCAGACCUCCUGCACUCAGCAGCACGGUGGCCUUCAGCCGCAGCUCUCCGGUGAAGAAGCCGUCCCCUGUCAAAGUUCUGCAGUUUGACACUGAACCUCAGAAAGAGAGCAGCACUGAGACCCAGAGCUCAGAGCGCCCAGUCCCGUCCUCCCUCCUCCACCUCAUCGGGCAGGUGGCUGAGACCACAGAGGACAAAUACCGCCUCCUCGAGCAGAGGGACAAGAUCCUGCGUCAAGGCCGACCAAAGCGGACAGACCUCCACCUGUCCAAGGUGUUUGUGGGGACGUGUCCUGACAUGUGUCCAGAGAAAGAGAGGUACAUGAGGGAAACUCGGAAUCAGCUCAGCGUGUUCGAAGUCAUCCCAAACACGGAGAUGGUGGAUCACACAGCCGCCAUCAAGGAGUACAGCCGCUCAUCGGCCGACCAGGAGGAGCCCCUCCCCCACGAGUUGCGCCCUUUGCCUGUGCUCAGCAUGACCAUGGACUAUCUGGUGACUCAGAUCAUGGAUCAGGGUCACGACAAGUACCGGGACUGGUACGACUUUGUUUGGAACCGAACCCGCGGCAUCCGCAAGGACAUCAUCCAGCAGCACCUCUGCUGCCCACAGACGGUGUCGCUGAUUGAAAAGUGCACCCGCUUCCACGUGCACUGCGCCCACCACCUCUGCGAGGAGCAGUUGUCGUCGUUCGACCCCAAGAUAAACAACGAGAACAUGACCAAGUGCCUGCAGAGCCUGAAAGAAAUGUACCAGGACCUGGCUACACGGCAGAUCUUCUGCCUCCGUGAGGCGGAGUUCCGCCAGUACAGCGUGCUGCUGAAGCUCAAUGACGGGGACAUCCUGCGUGAGGUGCAGCAGUUCCGUGAUGAGGUGCGAAACUCCCCUGAGGUGAAGUUUGCGGUGCAGGCGUUUGCUGCCGUCAACAGCAACAACUUUGUUCGCUUCUUCAAGCUGGUGAAAGGAGCCUCGUACCUCGCCAGCUGCCUCCUGCACAGAUACUUCAAUCAGGUCAGAGCUAAGGCGCUGAAGACCCUGAACAUGGCUCACACCGUGGGCCCCCGAUCGACUUUGUUUCCUCUUGACGACGUUGUCCGGAUGCUGAUGUUCCGCAGCGCUGCGGAAGCGGCCGACUUCAUCCAACAAUACGGCCUCAACGUCAAUGACGGCAUGGUUGAGCUGAGUCGGAUAGCCUAUCAGGAGCCGGAGCUGCCGCUGUCCCAGAAGAAAUCUGAAGUGACCCUCACCAAAAGAACGGUCCUGAUCGGAGAGGUGGUGAACGGAGGGCCCCUCCCGAACCCUCCGCUUCACACCCCCGUCUGCAGCUUUGACUCCCAGAACAAAUACAGAGGAGAGGGAGGUCUGAUUGAGCCCCAGUUUAAAGCUGCUGCCGACAGGACGGAGUCAAAGGCGCCACCCGGUGUCGAGCUGCUGCCUCAGGUCGUUCCAGGCAGAGCUCCAAUUGCUCCUGUUGACGAGACGGGAGAGCCCUCCACCCACCCAGCACAGCUGCAGCAGCUGUUCCAGCCGAUCUCUCAGCCUGCCAGACCACCAUCGCCUCCACCCAAACCUCAGCUGGUGUAUAGCGACGAGGACAUUAUGGCUGAGCUGGAUGGUGUCAUAGAAGAGGUGGUUGGUGCAGCAGUGAAGGAGGUGGCUGAGGCUGGUGCCAGCUUUGCUUCAGCAGCUCUCAAGGAGAGCGGCGCACAGGUGGAGUCGCUGGUGAACGAGGUACUGAGACAGAUGCUACAGGAGGUGUCCACCGCCGAGAUCAAGCUGGAACAGGAGCGCGUCGCUGAGGAAAAGCGCAAGCUUGAAGAAGCCAGGAGGCGUCAGGAGCACGAGGCCUUCUUGGCUCAGUUCAGCUUCUCCCUCUGCACAGAGAUCAUCCACGAAGUGCUGGAUGAGACCGUAAAGGAGACCGCCACCUCCGAGAUCCAGGAAGCAUUGAAUGAGAAAGCAGAGCGGGUGGCUAAAUGCACAGAGCAGGUCUGCAUGAGUCUAGUUGAGGAGACUUUGAAUGUGGACAUUGCUGUGUUGGUUGAAGACCUCCUUGAAGCGGAGCUGCAGCGUAUCCACAAGUACAUCAAAAGGUGGCGUGACGUGGUGGCAGUUCGCCGGCAGCUGAAGAGACAGAUGCGAGGGUUUCCUGCAGCCCCCUGCUGUGUUGACCCUCGCUUCAAACUGAAGGCUCUGGCUCCCAGCGCCCCUGCUCGGCCCUCCAUAGCAGAUCUGGCUCGUGGUUUGGUCAACCUGGGAAAUGCCGGCAUGUUAGCGCUCUCCAGCACCAGGUUGUACAACAUGAAACGAGGAGCGAUCCACCAGAUGAGAGUUCACUACUACUUUCAGCAGCUGCUUGAUGAGACGGUGUGGGCGCCUCUCGACUUGUCGGCACUGGUGACGGAAAACAUCCCCAACCCACCUGAGCGAAUCUUCUGGAAGGCCGUUCUCCUCUUACCCAGCAACCACGAGAGCGUCGCCAGCCUGGCAGACAGGAUCUUGUCAGACUGGCUGGAGGUGAAGCUUGGUGGUGAUAAGGGGUCAGAGGGGAUGGAAGAGAAGCCAGAGGGCACUCUGCAGACACUGUGUGUCACAAACGUGCUGCAGGACGCCGGACAACGCACUCACAAAGUCCACAUCAGCGUCAAGGUGUCUCGAGGACCACUAAAUGAAGACAGCCUGUUCAAACUGGAGGAGUGUUAUGAGCUCCAGGGAACGAGCGCCCUCAUCAUGCUGCUGCCCGCGCUGCCCGUCGUGGAGCCCGGGCAGGAUGAGCAGGACGUCCCUCUGCUGUCUGCCUUGCUUCAGCUCAAGCAGCUGCAGCAAGCCAGCACCUGGCACUGCCCGCUGCCGCUGGUCAUCCUGGUGCCAGGGCCAGAGGGGGGCGCUGCUGAUACACAGAAACUUGUCGAGACUCUGAUGCUGCACACACUGGUGAAGGACGGCCUCAUAUCAGAGUACACGUUCUUCUUCAUACCAGAGACCACUAAUGACCUGCAGGGGUCCAAACAGCUAAACCAGGCCAUGCGUUGGCUGGCUGUCCGUGCUCCCCCACCUUUCCCUCUCUCCUGUCAGACCCUGGUGCAGCUCAUUGAGUCCACUUUGAGUCAUGAGUUCAGUCCCAGAGUUUAUGCCCACCGCCUCGAGCGAGCUGCUGCACAUCUCCCAUCCCAGGAACCGGCUCCUGUUGUCCAACUUUACAACGCAGUCCUGGCUCACGUUGCUGAUAAAGUGUCAUCCCAGGACCUCUGCAGGCUCUCGUGGCCUCCAGGCGAGUUCUGCCUGCCUGACGUGAGGGACUUUGUGCCGUAUCUGGCCUGGAACUCCCCCCAGCACCUGGCCUGGCUACGUGAAAUCAUCCUCAGCCUGCAGCUGCCACAGUGGGAGCAGCUGUCUGCAGCAGACUCGUGGUCUGAGCUCUGCUCCUCCAUCUUUCACUACGCCGCUCAGAUCCCGGUCUCACGUUGCAGUCAGCCCCUCCUCAUGUCUCGACUGGAAAACCUUCUGGAAAGAGUCAAGUUAAAUAGUCAGCACAGCCGAAUCCGCGGAUCUAAAAGAACUUUUGGAAAAAGUAACAAUGGCAUGGAUGAUGUGUGUGUGGACUUCAGUCGGAUUCCUUGGGAUGACGUGCUGGUGAUCUGCAUUGACCACAAGCUGAAGGACUGGAAGAUACCCGAACCACCUGUCUGUCAGGAUGCCGUGACGGAGGAUGGGGAGAUCCUGGUUUACUUUCUCACAGAGUCACUGAAGGGUUUCCAGCCGCCUGAGGCGUGGACGGAGGCCAUCAAACAAACUCACAGAGAGAAGCAGCAAGAGGAGGAGGGGGCGAGUGCAGCUGCCUGUCCCACGCCCACCACAGCGUCCCUCAGGCAGAGGUUGUUCCACACUCUGGUUGAGCCCGUCUGGGCCCCACCAGCCCCGCUGGACAUCACACACACGCCCACAGCACAGGAAGUGCUGGCCCACAAAGUCCUGCAGAGCUUAGAGGAGGAGAAGGCUGAAAGCAAGAGGAACAUGGAGCAGCUUCAGCGCUGGGUGGAUGGCAACCCCUUGGAGCACUUGACCACCCCGCUCUUCCUCCCGUCCUCCACCCUGCUGUCCAUGCCCACUACCAUAACGCGGACCCCCACAGCCAAGACUCGAGAGGCGGCUUUCACACAGGAGCCCAGUGAGCCAUCGGGGAAGGUGGCCCGGCCUAAGACGGCUCCCAAAUCUAUAGCGUUGCGGCUGAAGGAGCUGGAGCGUCAGAUUUUGGCGAGCCAAGAGGAAGAGCUGGCCUGCAGGCUGAAGCUGAGCGGCAUGCUGAGCAUCGUCGAUGAUUGAUGACACUUGAAGCAACCAAUCCCAAUCAUGCAGCAGACUUACAUGAACUUACAUGGACUUAGACCUUUUCAUUUCAGUAUUGUGGUCAGAGCCACAGGUUGCAAGGUCUUAUUUUUUUGUGUUGAGGAACAAAAUGGAUAUUUUUACUCUAAGUCUAAGUCUCUAGGUUUUACAGAAACCAUAUUAGUCUGUUAAAUGCUGAGGAUUAAACUCAUUUGUAAAACCUGUUUUCCCUUUGUACUGCUAAAUGAUGAAAUUAUUGAAUAAAAAUUAUUUUUC